AUGCCCAACGGCCAGCGGCUCUGGACCGACCUUCCUUACCUCGCCGACGACCUUUACGACUUUUGGGUCAAAGAAUCGGCGAAGCUUACCGACGCGGAGAGAGCAAGCUUCGCUGCCUUCACAAGCCAGCUUUGUGCUAUCGGCAUUGGCACGCCGCAGCUAUCUCGCUGUGCACUCAUGCUCUUCGCCAGAGCGCUAGAAACAGAGCUACCAUCUGAGACUCUAGCAGAUUUGCUCCCUGCGUGCCAAGAGUGGCUUAGGUACAGCAAGACAAAGUUCGUGAAAAUGUUUAGCGAGAACUAUUGUCCUCCACCGUCAGCCGCCGAUGAUGCCGCUUUUUAUGCCCCAGGGCCGCUCGUAACCGAUGCAAAUAUCACGCAGGGCUUCAGCGUCGCCAGGUGGUUGUUCUGGAGGAAGCGCGCAGGAGACAUUUACAAGGCCAGUCCUGGUGACGUCUCCAAGCUUGGCAGAAGCUGCUUUGAGGAAAUGAUUGAUGCUGGACAAUGCAUAUUCAAAGCUCUGGAAGAUGAAGUUGCUUCUGGGAGAUUCAGUGGGUGUGUAGGUGCUGAGGACAUCGAGAUUGAUCCAGACUGGGCAAAGGAAAACUAG